AGAGUGGGGUCUAUAUUUAAACAGGAAUGUUCACAGAGCCAGAGACAUCAUGGAAAGAGACCAUAACAACAAACACAGAUAUGUCUGGGUGAAUGUUGCUGAUAGCAAAGCAGAGUGAAGGACAGCUACCUCAGAUGCAUCAGAAGACUGAGACAAGGUAAGGAAGGUGUGUCAUACUGAGGUGUAGAGGUUUACCUGCUGAAUGUAGCUGACUGUAGCAUGGAUGAUGAUCAACAUCAGUGUGGUUUCUUUUACCAAUAAAGCAGAUGCAAUAACAACCAGAGUUAUUCUAACAUUCUGUUUGCUGUGAAUGGUGAAUGAUCAACGAACUUCUGAUCAAUCAGCCCGACUAGCUAAUACACCUGCUUUCAUGUCUUAGGUUAGGAGCAAACAAUAACAAGUUGAUAUCAAUUGUAGUAAUCUGUGCUUGAAUAAUGUACUGUACUGUAACUACUAUAUCAAGCUAAUGAUUCUGAUAUUUCUCAUUUAAAACAGAUUGUUCAUUCAUUGAUUUGUGGACCACAUGUUGACCUAGAUUCUGCUAUAUGUCAGGCCCCUUGAUACUUGAAACUUGUUGAACGUGUGGAAAAAGUAAUAUAAAAGUAAUAAAAAUAUUAUGCCACUUAUUAUGUUGCUUUUUCUGUUUCUGCCUCCAUAAUAUAUACCAUAAUAUAUACCAUAAUAUAUACCAUAAUAUAUACCAUAAUAUUUACCAUAAUAUAUACCAUAAUAUAUACCAUAAUAUUUACCAUAAUAUAUACCAUAAUAUAUUCCAUAAUAUAUACCAUAAUAUUUACCAUAAUAUAUACCAUAAUAUAUACCAUAAUAUUUACCAUAAUAUAUACCAUAAUAUGUUCCAUAAUAUAUACCAUAAUAUAUACCAUAAUAUUUACCAUAAUAUAUACCAUAAUAUAUUCCAUAAUAUAUACCAUAAUAUAUACCAUAAUAUAUUCCAUAAUAUAUACAGUGGGGGAAAAAAGUAUUUAGUCAGCCACCAAUUGUGCAAGUUCUCCCACUUAAAAAGAUGAGAGAGGCCUGUAAUUUUCAUCAUAGGUACACGUCAACUCUGACAGACAAUUUGAGAAAAAAAAUCCAGAAAAUCACAUUGUAGGAUUUUUAAUGAAUUUAUUUGCAAAUUAUGGUGGAAAAUAAGUAUUUGGUCACCUACAAACAAGCAAGAUUUCUGGCUCUCACAGACCUCUCACAGACCUCUUCUUUAAGAGGCUCCUCUGUCCUCCACUCGUUACCUGUAUUAAUGGCACCUGUUUGAACUUGUUAUCAGUAUAAAAGACACCUGUCCACAACCUCAAACAGUCACACUCCAAGCUCCACUAUGGCCAAGACCAAAGAGCUGUCAAAGGACACCAGAAACAAAAUUGUAGACCUGCACCAGGCUGGGAAGACUGAAUCUGCAAUAGGUAAGCAGCUUGGUUUGAAAAAAUCAACUGUGGGAGCAAUUAUUAGGAAAUGGAAGACAUACAAGACCACUGAUAAUCUCCCUUGAUCUGGGGCUCCACGCAAGAUCUCACCCCGUGGGGUCAAAAUCAUCACAAGAACGGUGAGCAAAAAUCCCAGAACCACACGGGGGGACCUAGUGAAUGACCUGCAGAGAGCUGGGACCAAAGUAACAAAGCCUACUAUCAGUAACACACUACGCCGCCAGGGACUUAAAUCCUGCAGUGCCAGACGUGUCCCCCUGCUUAAGCCAGUACAUGUCCAGGCCCGUCUGAAGUUUGCUAGAAUGCAUUUGGAUGAUCCAGAAGAGGAUUGGGAGAAUGUCAUAUGGUCAGAUGAAACCAAAAUAGAACUUUUUGGUAAAAACUCAACUCGUCGUGUUUGGAGGACAAAGAAUGCUGAGUUGCAUCCAAAGAACACCAUACCUACUGUGAAGCAUGGGGGUGGAAACAUCAUGCUUUGGGGCUGUUUUUCUGCAAAGGGACCAGGACGACUGAUCCGUGUAAAGGAAAGAAUGAAUGGGGCCAUGUAUCGUGAGAUUUUGAGUGAAAACCUCCUUCCAUCAGCAAGGGCAUUGAAGAUGAAACGUGGCUGGGUCUUUCAGCAUGACAAUGAUCCCAAACACAUCGCCCGGGCAACGAAGGAGUGGCUUCGUAAGAAGCAUUUCAAGGUCAUGGAGUGGCCUAGCCAGUCUCCAGAUCUCAACCCCAUAGAACAUCUUUGGAGGGAGUUGAAAGUCCGUGUUGCCCAGCGACAGCCCCAAAACAUCACUGCUCUAGAGGAGAUCUGCAUGGAGGAAUGGGCCAAAAUACCAGCAACAGUGUGUGAAAACCUUGUCAAGACUUACAGAAACCGUUUGACCUGUGUCAUUGCCAACAAAGGGUAUAUAACAAAGUAUUGAGAAACGUUUGUUAUUGACCAAAUACUUAUUUUCCACCAUAAUUUGCAAAUAAAUUCAUAAAAAAUCCUACAAUGUGAUUUUCUGAAUUUCUUUUUCUCAUUUUGUCUGUCAUAGUUGACGUGUACCUAUGAUGAAAAUUACAGGCCUCUCUCAUCUUUUUAAGUGGGAGAACUUGCACAAUUGGUGGCUGACUAAAUACUUUUUUACCCCACUGUACCAUAAUAUUUACCAUAAUAUAUACCAUAAUAUUUACCAUAAUAUUUACUAAUAUUUACCAUAAUAUUUACCAUAAUAUAUUCCAUAUUUUUUACCAUAAUAUAUACCAUAAUAUUUACAAGAAUAUAUGCCAUAAUAUUUACCAUAAUAUUUACCAUAAUAUAUAGCAUAAUAUUUACCAUAAUAUUUACCAUAAUAUUUACCAUAAUAUAUUCCAUAAUUUUUACCAUAAUAUAUACCAUAAUAUUUACCAUAAUAUAUGCCAUAAUAUUUACCAUAAUAUAUUCCAUAAUAUUUACCAUAAUAUAUACCAUAAUUUACCAUAAUAUUUACCAUAAUAUUUACCAUAAUAUUUACCAUAAUAUGUACCAUAAUAUUUACCAUAAUAUUACCAAAUUUACCAUAAAAAUUCCAUAAUAUAUACCAUAAUAUAUACCAUAAUAUUUACCAUAAUAUUUACCAUAGUAUAUACCAUAAUAUAUACCAUAAUAUUUACCAUAAUAUAUACCAUAAUAUAUUCCAUAAUAUAUACCAUAAUAUAUUCCAUAAUAUAUACCAUAAUAUUUACCAUAAUAUAUACCAUAAUAUUUACCAUAAUAUAUACCAUAAUAUAUACCAUAAUAUAUACUAUAAUAUAUACCAUAAUAUUUACCAUAAUAUAUACUAUAAUAUAUACCAUAUUAUAAACUGGGUGGUUCUAGCCCUGAAUGCUGAUUGGCUAAAAGCCAUGGUAUAUCAGACCUUAUACCAUGGAUAGUGGCCAUAUACCACACCCCCUCGGGCGUUAUUGCUUAAAUAUAUACCAUAACAUAUACCAUAAUAUGUUUGAUAAUAUGUACCAUAACAUAUACAGUGGGGGAAAAAAGUAUUUAGUCAGCCACCAAUUGUGCAAGUUCUCCUACUUAAAAAGAUGAGAGAGGCCUGUAAUUUUCAUCAUAGGUACACGUCAACUAUGACAGACAAAAUGAGAAAAAAAAAUCCAGAAAAUCACAUUGUAGGAUUUUUUAUGAAUUUAUUUGCAAAUUAUGGUGGAAAAUAAGUAUUUGGUCAAUAACAAAAGUUUCUCAAUACUUUGUUAUAUACCCUUUGUUGGCAAUGACACAGGUCAAACGGUUUCUGUAAGUCUUGACAAGGUUUUCACACACUGUUGCUGGUAUUUUGGCCCAUUCCUCCAUGCAGAUCUCCUCUAGAGCAGUGAUGUUUUGGGGCUGUCGCUGGGCAACACGGACUUUCAACUCCCUCCAAAGAUGUUCUAUGGGGUUGAGAUCUGGAGACUGGCUAGGCCACUCCAUGACCUUGAAAUGCUUCUUACGAAGCCACUCCUUCGUUGCCCGGGCGAUGUGUUUGGGAUCAUUGUCAUGCUGAAAGACCCAGCCACGUUUCAUCUUCAAUGCCCUUGCUGAUAGAAGGAGGUUUUCACUCAAAAUCUCACGAUACAUGGCCCCAUUCAUUCUUUCCUUUACACGGAUCAGUCGUCCUGGUCCCUUUGCAGAAAAACAGCCCCAAAGCAUGAUGUUUCCACCCCCAUGCUUCACAGUAGGUAUGGUGUUCUUUGGAUGCAACUCAGCAUUCUUUGUCCUCCAAACACGACGAGUUGAGUUUUUACCAAAAAGUUCUAUUUUGGUUUCAUCUGACCAUAUGACAUUCUCCCAAUCCUCUUCUGGAUCAUCCAAAUGCAUUCUAGCAAACUUCAGACGGGCCUGGACAUGUACUGGCUUAAGCAGGGGGACACGUCUGGCACUGCAGGAUUUAAGUCCCUGGCGGCGUAGUGUGUUACUGAUAGUAGGCUUUGUUACUUUGGUCCCAGCUCUCUGCAGGUCAUUCACUAGGUCCCCCCGUGUGGUUCUGGGAUUUUUGCUCACCGUUCUUGUGAUGAUUUUGACCCCACGGGGUGAGAUCUUGCGUGGAGCCCCAGAUCAAGGGAGAUUAUCAGUGGUCUUGUAUGUCUUCCAUUUCCUAAUAAUUGCUCCCACAGUUGAUUUCUUCAAACCAAGCUGCUUACCUAUUGCAGAUUCAGUCUUCCCAGCCUGGUGCAGGUCUACAAUUUUGUUUCUGGUGUCCUUUGACAGCUCUUUGGUCUUGGCCAUAGUGGAGUUUUGAGUGUGACUGUUUGAGGUUGUGGACAGGUGUCUUUUAUACUCAUAACAAGUUCAAACAGGUGCCUUUAAUACAGGUAACAAGUGGAGGACAGAGGAGCCUCUUAAAGAAGAAGUUACAGGUCUGUGAGAGCCAGAAAUCUUGCUUGUUUGUAGGUGACCAAAUACUUAUUUUCCACCAUCAUUUGCAAAUUAAUUAAUAAAAAAUCCUACAAUGUGAUUUUCAGGAUUUUUUUUCCUCAAUUUUUCUGUCAUAGUUGACGUGUACCUAUGAUGAAAAUUACAGGCCUCUCUCAUCUUUUUAAGUGGGAGAACUUGCACAAUUGGUGGCUGACUAAAUACUUUUUUCCCCCACUGUACCAUAGUAUAAAACAUUUUCAACACUUAGAAUGCCGCUAUUAAUAAUUAUUCUGGAGGUUGCAGAUAAUAGUGACCUAUGACUACAGACUAUUACUACAGACUAUAUAACUACAGACUAUUACUACAGACUAUAUAACUAUAGACUAUACCUACAGACUAUGAUUAUAGACUGACUACAGACUGACUACAGACUAUAUAACUAUAGACUAUGACUACAGACUAUGAUUGUAAACUGACUACAGACUGACUACAGACUAUAACUAUAGACUAUAUAACUAUAGACUAUACCUACAGACUAUGAUUAUAGACUGACUACAGACUGACUACAGACUGACUACAGACUAUGACUACAUACUAUUACUACAGACUGUAUAACUAUAGACUAUGACUACAGACUAUGAUUAUAGACUGACUACAGACUGACUACAGACUAUAUAACUACAGACUAUGACUACAGACUAUAACUAUAGAUUAUAUAACUAUAGACUAUACCUACAGACUAUGACUACAGACUGACUACAGACUAUGACUAGGACCUAGUCCCAGACCGCCAGCUGGGUUAUGAUAGGGCUACUAUAAUAAGGCCAGCUGGGUUAUGAUAGGGCUACUAUAAUAAGGCCAGCUGGGUUAUGAUAGGGCUACUAUAAUAAGGCCAGCUGGGUUAUGAUAGGGCUACUAUAAUAAGGCCAGCUGGGUUAUGAUAGGGCUACUAUAAUUAGGCCAGCUGGGUUAUGAUAGGGCUACUAUAAUAAGGCCAGCUGGGUUAUGAUAGGGCUACUAUAAUAAGGCCAGCUGGGUUAUGAUAGGGCUACUAUAAUAAGGCCAGCUGGGUUAUGAUAGGGCUACUAUAAUAAGGCCAGCUGGGUCAUGAUAGGGCUACUAUAAUAUGUGAACAUUGAUCAUGAGCCUCAUGCUAUCUGCAUUUGAAUUCUUUGUGCAGAAAACAGCAUGCUACUGAAGAUACCAUUUCUAAAACAAUUUGAGGUAUUUAUGAUGGUGAUGGAGUCACAGUCAGAGGUGGAAAACACCUAGGCCUUGGAUUCUGGAGAAAACAAACGUUAGAGAAAACUAAAUCAGCUGACCUUUCUAUUCCGUCAUGUCACUGGCCUGUUCAAACUACUCACUCACCUCUACAGAGAAAACCCCAAACAAAACCACAUUGAAUCCAUUUCCUCCCAAAUCAAACCAUGUCCUUCUUUUCCAGAAUGGACCAAUCAAAGCCACACCCGGAGGUGUUCCACUACAGCAACGAGGAUCAGUCGUCCCACAUCCUGCUGCAGCUGAACCGCCUCAGACAGGAGAGGAUCCUUACUGACGUGCUCCUCUGUUCAGAUAACACAGAGAUCCCCUGCCACCGCAACGUGCUGGCCUCCAGCAGUCCUUACUUCACAGCCAUGUUCUGUCACGACUUCAGAGAAAGCCACCAGGAGAAGGUGGAUCUGAAGGUAGGGUUAUUCACUUUUUAAAUGAAAAAUAAUGCUUGUUUUUGUAAAACUAGACUAGCAUCCUGCCUCACUCUGCAGAAACAGGAGAAGGCUUACUUUUAUGUCAAGUGCUGCGUAGUUUCUGCCUGUCAAUGAAAGGCACCAUACAAAUAAAAUCUAUUCUUCUUCUUAUUAUUAUUUAAGGGGAUCACCUCCAGCAUCCUGAGUGACAUUGUGGACUACGUCUACACAGGGGUCAUCACCAUCACCAUGGAGAUAGUGCUUCCCCUGAUGCAGGCUGUCUCCAUGCUGCAGUACACCAGGCUGUUCGAGGCCUGCUCCUCUUUCCUGCAGGUGACCCACAGAUGAAUUAGCUUUCUUGCUAACUCUGGCACUUUCACAUUGAUGUUGAAAACUUUAAUAUGAUUAAUAAUGUGCGUUGUCCUUGGUAAAUACAUUAAACCAUUUUUUGUUGUUGUUGAAAUUUCAGGAGCAGCUGAGCCCAGACAACUGCCUCAGCAUGAUCCGGCUGUCAGAGAUAUUACACUGCGGCAGCCUGAAGGAGAAGGUCAGUAGAAUUCGUUUUGUUUUAAAUAAUGUGUUGUUGGUUGACUUGGGCAGCAUAUGGGCCCUGGUCAAAAGUAGUGUAUUAAAACUAAUUAGGGAAAAGGCUGCUAUUUCAGACUCAGCCCAUAUGUAUUGUCAAUUUUCAAAUAAAAUGCAUUAAUUAAAUCGUUGAUUCCAGGCCAGGGAGAUGGCAGUACAGAGCUUCUCUGACGUCUCUACCUCUGAUGACUUGUGUGAGCUCUCCUUACCUGAGCUGAUGAGUUACCUGGAGGAUGACCGGCUGUGUGCCGAGGAGGAGCAGGUAAGAUAAGAUAACGUAAUAAGGGUAAUGUACGGUAAGAUUAGAUAGUACUUUAUAUAAAUCCCUAAAAGGGUCCGUUUGUUUGCACCAGCUAAUGUAUACAACACCAAUAAACACCCAAUCAACAACAAUGGAGAGACGGACACUAGAAGCAGCAUCAUCAAUUAAGUUAAAACCAUCAAUGGAUGUUAAGAACUAAGUGUUGAUAUUAAAAUGGCUUAUUAAACCCAGGUGUUCGAGACGUUGCUGGCGUGGAUCCACCACGACCCAUUCUCCCGGCGCGGCGCCAUCUCCGACCUCUUCAAGAAGGUGCGUCUACGCUACAUCCACCCCACCUACCUGUUCCAGUUCAUUGCCAGCGACCCCCUCAUCCAGUCCUCCACCCUCUGCACCGAGGUCAUCGAGUCCGUCCGACGCCUCAUGUUCUCCAUCACUACUAAGUGUGGGUCGGACCUCAAGCCCCUGUGGGUGACCCCACGGCGCUACACCUGCCGGGAGACCCUGGUUCUAGUCGGCGGCCGCAAGAACAACGAGCAGACGUCCCGUGAAGCGCUCCUGUUCGACGAGAGGACUCAGCGCUGGCAGUGGCUGGCCAAGCUGCCCCUGCGGCUCUACAAGGCCUCCUACGUCUGUAUCCACAGCAUCCUGUAUGUUCUGGGAGGCCUCACCAUGAACACCAAACACAGAGUGGUUAGCACCACUGUCUAUAUGUUAUCUCUGAAGACCAACCAGUGGAGGACGGCUGAGCCCAUGAUCCAGCCUCGCUUCGCCCACCAGUCUGUCUCCUACCUGCACUUUAUCUUCGUCCUGGGGGGCCUGGGGCCAGAGAAGCAGGUGUGUGACACGGUGGAGAGAUACAAUAGUAUGUUCAACCAAUGGGAGGCUAUGGUUCCCAUGCCGACUGCUGUGCUACACCCGGCGGUCGCCGCUAACGAUCAAAGAAUCUACCUGUUCGGGGGAGAGGACGCGAUGCAGAACCCUGUCAGGAUGAUACAGGUAGGCAGAAUGUCAUACUGUUGAGAUUGCUGUUGAGUGGUGAACUUGAGUCUUGAAGUCUUGAGUCUUGAAGUCUUGAAGUCUUGAGUCUUGAGUCUUGAAGUCUUGAAGUCUUGAAGUCUUGAAGUCUUGAGUCUUGAGUCUUGAAGUCAUGAAGUCAUGAAGUCUUGAGUCUUGAGUCUUGAAGUCUUGAGUCUUGAAGUCUUGACUCUUGAAGUCUUGGAGUUAAUUCUUGAACAUUUUAGCCAACAAUUAUGCACAGAAACACUAAACUCUUCUAAACCUAUCCUUUUCUCCAGGUGUAUCACAUUGGCAGGAAUAUGUGGUCCAUGAUGGAGACCAGGACAGUGAAGAACGUUUCUGCACCAGCAGCUGUCAUUGAUGACAAGAUCUACAUUAUCGGAGGUAGGAGGAGGGUGGAUGAGUCAGAAAAAAGACAAUCUGAUGUCAAUUAAAUACAACUUUAUUUGUCUACUUAGGACUUCGAGAUCUUUGAUAUCUUCUGUCUUUUGUCAAGACAACCUUACCAGCAGCUUUUCCCUAACUGUCACCAUGUCCUUUACAGGCUACACCAGAAGAAUGAUAGCGUACGACACCAAAGCCAACCGGUUUCUGAAGUGUGAGAAUAUGAAGGCGAGGAGAAUGCACCAUGCUGCCACGGUGUUCAACAACAAACUGUACGUGACCGGAGGACGCUUCAUCAACGGACAUGAUGUCAUAGAGGACUCUGACAGCUUUGAGUGCUAUGACCCAAAGACUGACACAUGGACAACCAAGGGGACACUGCCAUACAAGCUGUUUGACCACGGUUCUCUAUCCCUGGUGUGUGUCUCCAACAAACCCAACCCUCCCUGAGUGGGUUUCACUGUCUAUUGCAUCUCUGAUGUCCUUCCCUGUCCCACAAACACUCACCAAAACAUCCCUCAAUGGGUGACAGUAUUUCCAGCAGCGAAUCUUAAAUCAAAUGAGAUUUUAGAGAUGCUACUUGUCAUAUGGAAGCGAAGCCCUGGGCAGUUAAUUGUUGUGUCGAACUGAAGGCUAUAGGUGUAUAAAGUACUGUAGGCUAUAUGAAGGCUACAGUACAUGAUGCCCAACUGUUUAGUUACCAGUCCAAACACGUUGCCAACAGACUGGAUGAUAUUACAACCCACU